UUUGAUGAAAUUUAAUAUGGAUACUCAGUAGAUCUGAGAAUAGGUUGUGAUUAAUUUUUUAUUCCCCUAAGUGACAAAAAAAAAAACACCUGCAGCAUUAGUCGACAUUUUUGUCUGACGCGAGUCGACGUAGGUCGCGUAUUGUUACGUGGCCGUUGCCAUGACAACGCGGGGACAACAUCAAUACGAUUUAUUUUCAACAUCGCGGCACGUAUCGACGUUUAUUAUAUUUGUAUCGCAAAUUGAUAUAUUCUUGAGGUUUCCUUCAAUUGAACGUGUUUGUUGUGAUCACGAGGUCGGGAUGUGCCGAGUUUUCCCCCACUUGGGGUAUUCAGACAUACUCAGAAGAUAAGGUUCAUUCAGCAUCAGUAUGGGCUUAUUAGACAAGCUGUCGACAUGGCUGGGUCGCGGUAAGACGGAGGUGACUGUUCUGGUGCUGGGGCUGGACAACAGCGGCAAGAGCACGCUCCUCAACACCCUGCGGCCACCGGAGCAGCGAGCGCAGCACCUCGCGCCCACCGUCGGCCAGCAACAGGACCACUUCCAAAGCGGGGGGGUGUCGUUCAGCGCGUGGGACGUGUCGGGAGCAGCGCGGCACCGCGCGCUUUGGGAGCGCCACUACCGCCGCGCGCACGCUUUCAUAUACGUCGUCGACGCCGCCGACCACCUACGGCUCGUGGUGGCCCGCGAGGAGUUGGAGCUGAUGCUGUCUCACCCGGAUGUGUUCGGACGGCGGGUCCCUUUGCUCGUAUUCGCCAACAAGUGCGAUGCAACACACGCACUCGCGCCCACGCAGGUCGCCUCCGCAUUGGGAUUGGAGCGGAUAACCGACAAGCCGUGGCACAUCUGUGCAUCCAGCGCGCUGUCCGGCGCCGGUCUGCCGGACGGCGUGGCGUGGCUCGCCAGACAGAUACGGGACCUGCAUGUCCCGCACUGAUACCAACGUCACCACCAGUACAAGCUGACUGCGAUGGAUCAAAAACAAUUUUAAAAGAUUAUUUUAUAUAGCCUUACCGUAAACUACACACUUACGAUAAUAGCACGAGCGCCCGGUAAAGCAGUUCAAAUGUUAGGUUACUAAAUCUAACUUUUCAGACCGGACUGCAACUAUGAACAUUGACAUUAGACAUUAGAUUAAUAUUAUACAAUAAAAUACUAUAUAUAAAAGAAUCAUAUAUUCACCACUGUGUGUUGUAUUCCAUUCGCGACACAAGUUUGACUCAUUUGCUCGAUCACCCAGAUGCAGGCUCAUAACAAGAAGAACGAGUUUGUUAUUAUCAAAUUUCUUGAGCAAGUUUCUUCAGUUCUUCACAAUUGAGUCUAGAGACUGAACUCGGCGGUAGACUAAUAGUAAUAGAAAUAAUCUUUAUUCAAAUAAACUUUAUGUGAGCACUUUUGAAUAGUUAUAUUUUUAUUCAACCAUUCAUUCUAAACGCAGACUCAUAACAAGAAGGAUUAAGAAACUUGCAUGUUGCUGUUUGAAAUAAAUGUUGGUAAUUUAGAUUUUGUAUGAAUACAUACUAAUAAGUUUAAAUA